AUCAACUAUGAAUGCGAUAUUUCAUUGUGAUGUAUGAAACAUUGAGAUUUAUGAUGCAACAGGACUAUGAGAGUAUCAUACCUACACCAAAUUCAUGGAAAAAUACCAAGAGGAGUUGUCAACGAACCUGAGAGCCUGGAAGAAGUCCAUCCAGGCAGAUCUGGUUGGUAAGUGUCAUACUAAUACUGGAGAAACUGAACAGUUCCUUUUGAAGAGUGAAGAGGCCCUCGAUCGGAUAAUACUCGCAACUGGAUCCGAAAUCAUCGACAAGCAAAGGGCUUAUUAUCGGCAAGAAUACUUCUAUGUUAAUACUGAGUUCAAGUUAUUCUUAGCAAAGUUCAAAGCAUUGAGAUUGCCCAAACUUGAACGUUUGUACAUCUCAAAGAAUCCAAAUGAGUCAAGGAGGAUUUAUAGUAAUUAUUUUAAUCCCAUGAAACACCAGUUGAAAAGUUUAACCUUUGUUUCAAAUACUCCUACUUCAAAGCUUGGAUGGUAUCUACCAUUGAUUGCUCAGGACGCUUUCAAAGCCAAGACUUUGACUUUACUCCGCUAUAUAAUCUCGAUUGCUCAGUUCAAAAGAAUUCUUGUUGCUUGUAACUCAAUCGAGAGCCUUGUGCUGUACAACUGUAGGAUUAAUGGAAACUUUAAUUCUGAGUCUGACUUAUCCCUCUGUAAGCAAGGUCACAAAGGACAAACAACAGACAAGCUCAGUCUGGUAAACUGAGACAUUCAAGACGGUGAAGAGGCUCUCGAGCAUUUCAUAUCCAAACUAAGCCCUGAAACUGAAGUGAAUUUUUAUUCGAGGAACUAGUAAAGCACGAUACAGUUAAUUCA